GGUGUGUCCCACCUCCGCGCGCGUUACGUCACCGACUCACCUGAGUUUCGGGAAGCGCGGAGGGGCGCAGUGGCGCUGCGCGGUACCGAGACGGGAGCCCGACGUCGCUUCUUACAACGGCGGCUUUCGACGUCAUCAAGUGUCUAAAGUACGCGUUUCGCUCUGCGGGCGUCGUGGAAGUCACCCGUCCUGUAGCCCCAGUCUUCUGGACCGUGAAAGAAAAGUGAUUUAUUUAAGUUUCGGUGUUCGGAAACGCUCCGAUCCGAUCGCAUUUCCUGGUAGAUCGUGACUGCAGGGACGAUGGCAACUCACCCCCGGCGCGUGCGUCUGAAGCCCUGGUUGGUGGCGCAGGUGGACUUAGGCCUGUACCCGGGUCUGGUCUGGCUAGACCGUGAGGCCAAGCGCUUCCAGAUCCCCUGGAAGCAUGCCACACGCCACUCUCCACAGCAGGAUGAGGAGAACACCAUCUUCAAGGCCUGGGCUGUAGAGACGGGGAAGUUUCAAGAAGGCGUGGAUGAGCCAGACCCUGCCAAGUGGAAGGCUCAGCUCCGCUGUGCCCUCAACAAAAGCCGUGAAUUCAAGCUUAUCUACGAUGGUACCAAGGAGGUGCCCAUAAACCCGCUGAAGAUCUAUGAGGUGUGCGACAUCCCUCAACCAAUCAGCAACCCAGGGUCAGCCGGCUCAGGUCCUUGGGAAGAUGAGGAUGACGCUCCAGACACCCCCGAGUCCCCUCUUCCCCCAUACCCAGCUAACGGGACAGAUGCAUCCCCGCUGUCUACCGCAUGGUCACCAGUGGCGUCUGUAUCUCCAUUGUUGUCCCCCAUGCCACCCCCAAGACCCCAACCCACGGGUGCAGAGUGGCCCAAAGAAGAGGCCCAGGAAAUGGAGGUUGCAGCUGCACCCCUGCAAGAAUCAUUCCUCUCAUCUCCCCAGAUGUGGAUCAGCUCCCUUCCCAUGACAGACCUGGAGGUUCAGUUCCAGUACCGAGGUAAAGAGGUGUGUCCGCCUCUCACGGUCAGUAACCCGCACGGCUGCCGGCUCUAUUAUGGCGACCUGGGCCCCAUGGUUAAUCAAGAGGAGCUGUUUGGCCCUGUAGGCCUGGAACAGCUGCGCUUCCCCAGCGCUGAGCACAUCGCUAAUGACAAACAACGAUUCUUCACCAGCCGUCUGCUGGAUGUAAUGGAUCGUGGCCUCAUCCUGGAGGUCAGCGGUCACGAUAUAUAUGCUGUACGCCUCUGCCAGUGCAAGGUGUACUGGUCUGGUCCCUGUGCUCCCAGUCAAGCCGCGCCCAACCUGAUUGAACGGCAGAAAAAGAUCAAGCUCUUCUGCCUGGAGUCCUUCCUCAGUGGUGUGAUUGCCUAUCAGAAAGGCCAGGCACAGCAACCCCCUCUGUUUGAGAUACAGCUGUGUUUUGGAGAGGAAUGGCCAGAUGGCAAGCCUCUGGAGCGGAAGCUCAUCAUGGUGCAGGUGAUACCGGUGGUAGCGCGGAUCAUCAACGAGAUGUUCUCGGGGGAUGCCAUGCGGUCCCUUGACAGCGGCAGUGUUCGGCUGCAGAUCUCCAUGCCUGAUAUCAAGGACAACAUUGUGGCUCAACUGAAGCAGCUUUACUGCAUGUUACAAAACCAGCAGGGGUCUGAAGCCUGGCUGGUUCCUCCUGGGACCAACCUGCCCCAUUCUGCACCCCUCCACACUGCCCUCCAGCCCCAGUAAGGAAUCUUACAACCUUGCCCCCACGCUUCGUGUUUAUUCAGGAUGGUGCGCAUUCUCUGCAUAGUUUGACACUGUAGAUCAGCACACAUUUUCUCUCACUCGUGUGAAAGAUUAGUGGUCUGAAUAGCACAGUAAAAGAAAUAUUCUCGUAAGACUUCAAGACCUGCCGCAUUUGAUAGAAAACCUGUUUUACUUAUGUAAAGAAAAAUUUCAUCAUCAGUCUAUUUGCUGUUAUUUUUAAGAUAACAUCUUCUGUUGACAUUUUGUUACUUUUUGUUCAGUAUGCGAAGAACUUUGGCAUUUUACAGUUUAUAGAUUAGAGUUGGUAGGAAAAGGAUCAUUUGUGCAUAUAUCGCCAGUGCAAAUCAUUAUGUAUAUUUAUUAGCAGGCUGUGCCUAGGAUUAAAUUGGAAGAAUGUGAAUGUGGCUUGAGGCAGAGUUCUGUUCAAGAAUGUAGUGUACCUUGGAGUUUAUUUAGCAUUUGAUCUAAGGAUCUAGGCGUGCUGCGAAUGUCAUCUACAAGUAUUUCACCUGGUCUCAAAACUUAAUUAUAGGUAUUACCCCUAUUGUAGUACUAAGCGACUGGAGUUACCCAUCCCUGGAGUACAUAACUGCAAAAUAUAAUUAGUUUGUUCCAAAAAUAUAUAAUUAAAUUCUAUACUAAAUACUGCUGCCCUAUUAAGGGAUUGUGGUGGCUGCUUUUUUUUAGUUUUCAUUUGUUAAUUUGCUUUGUUUCCUAUUUUGAAGUAACAGACUGCAAUAAAUGUUGUAAUCCUUAAAUAAGAGCAUUAAACUGCUGAUGAUUGCACUUGAGAUUCAUCAUCAUAACAUCAUAGUUCAGAUAUAAAAAAUGACUCCCUAAA